CGGAACCGGCCAUUGUCUGGGCUUUGUAAAAAGAAAAAACCUAACUUUCGCCGCUCGUUUCAAGGCUACAUCUCUGUAUCCUCUUUCUCCGGCGUAGCGUGCAGCCAAAUUGCCACCAACACGAAGCUUGUCACCCCCGGAUAACACUCAUAUCAGCCGUCAAACUCGUCACCUCCGUUUGGUUGAGCCCAUGGAUCGAUCUGUGAACCUCCUGGAUCUAGCAUUAGGGUUUGAUGAGCCAUCGCCACUAAGAGGGAAGGUAGUGCUGAUCGAGGACUGUGUGGAGACGAGUGGGUCGUUUGUGCUUCACCAGAUGAUGAAGCGUGUUCUCUCCCCUCAUUCCUCUGAUGCCCUUAUCUUUCUCGCCUUUGCUCGCCCUUUCUCUCAUUACGAUCGAGUUCUGCGUAAACUCGGAUGCAAUCUGUCUACUCAAAAGACAAACAAUCGAUUGGUUUUCGUUGACAUGCUCAUGAUGAAAUGCUCAGAUGGUGACGAUAAUGUGAGUGGAGUUGCAAAGCUAUUUCGGGAGAUACAAGGAACAGUUCGAAAGCUAGGCAAUGUGACUAAUAGAAACAUAACUGUUAUGGUGGAUGACAUGUCUCUCCUGGAAAUUGCUGCUACCAAUAGCAAUUCAGAUCACGUUUUGGACUUCCUUCAUUACUGUCACACCUUAACUUGUGAAAGCAAUUGUUCGUUGGUCACUCUCAAUCACGAAGAUAUAUACUCGAGCAUGGAGAGACCUGCGUAUUUGCUACAGAUGGUAUGCCUUGCGGAUAUUGUGAUAAAAGCAGAGCCUUUAGCCUCAGGUUUAGCAAAUGACGUACAUGGCCAACUGACAGUUGUGAACAAGGGGAUGAUAAGCAGCAAGUCGGGAAAAGGAAGCUCGAGGAACAAGUUGCAGAAUUUUCAAUUCAGGAUCAAGGAAAAUGGUAUUGAGUAUUUCUACCCUGGUUGCAGCAGAAGCUGAGGAUUUGGAGAUAGUUUUUGACGGUUAUAAAUGUUGUAUGUUAGUGAGAUAUGCAGCUAAGACAUGCGUGUGCGCGCUUUGGCAUAUGGAUGAAGCUAUUGAUGCAUCUUUGACUUGGUCGAAACACUGUUUUUCUUCUUUAAAAUUGGUUUAUUCUACA